UUUUCCCUCUCACAAUAAUUCCCUUUCUUCUUUUUUCUUUCCUCUGUUCUCUCUGUUUCAUAUAAACAAAAAUGGCUGCAUACAGAGAACCCAUGAACGUGAACGAGAGAGCCCCUGUUUCCGCGCAACAACCACACUCGCCAUGGCAUUCUCCUGUUCCUUACUUGUUCGGUGGCUUAGCGGCGAUGCUGGGUCUCAUAGCUUUCGCUCUGUUGAUCCUUGCAUGUUCCUAUUGGAAGCUCUCGGGGUACCUUGAUGGGAACGGGGAAUCAGAGCGAGACCUGGAAGCUGGGGAGGGAAAAAACGAGCAAGACCAGAAACCGCAGACAGCGUAUGAGGAGAAGAUCUUGGUGAUUAUGGCGGGGCAAGAGAAACCAACAUUCUUAGCCACUCCGAGCAUGUCUUCGAGCACCAGCACUAGCAGGUCGUCUUCUUUCGGCGACAACAGCAGCACCUGUACCUGUGAACAGAGCCAAAAAUCGCAGGAAACGGCACAGACCGUGAAACAGGGAAGCGGCGGGACCACGGAAACACCACACACAGACACAGACACCUCGUCAGAUCAAAACAGUUGAACUGCAUCGCCACAUGUUUGUUCGGGAAUUUGUUUUGUAGCUGGGUUGGUAAAUGGUAAUUACAUGAAAAAAAUAGCAAAGCUCGUGAAGCUGGUUUUUGGAACUUUGUUUUAGGUGUCUCUAUUUGCAACUGAGCUUGCAUGUUCAACAAUUGGUGGGAAUUGAUUUAGAAAUUAGAAUUAGAUUCUUCUUACUCUCUCUCUCUCUUUUUUCUUUUCAUGUGUAUAUUAUUUCGGGAAUGUAAAUUCGUUGAGGUGGAAUGGAAAGCCUUGUUGUUUCACAAUUUUAGUUUUGGUUUGGUUUAGUUUGGUUUUUAGAUAAGAAUUGUAAGAGGGAAUUUUAACACACAGGAGGGCUAGUUUUGGCAGAAAAAGAGAAGGAAAAAGAAGAUGAGGUACCAUAUGUCCGUGGUGUCUUAGUCGUAUUAUGAAGAAGGUAACGUGUAAAGCCGUAUAUGCAAGCAAGAAUAGAAGACUUGGUGUAUGUGUGAUGUGUUUGAUGCGGCGAGAAGAAGCCGUGAAAUGAAGUAGCCGCACUGUUCCUCGUGGCAC